UUUGACAAAUCAAUAGCCGAUUGACUAUAAAUACAGACCAAGAACACCGAGCAGUGAAGCACAUACAAUUGAAGUCCUUGUAAACCAUCUGAAAUUUAUCAUCCACAUCCAAGUCGACGACAAAAAUGGCAGAAAUCAGUUUCGGGUCUAAGAGGAUUGCGGUUGUUACUGGAGGCAACAAAGGGAUUGGAUUUGAGAUUAGCAGGCAAUUAGCAGCUAAUGGAGUUGGGGUGGUGUUAACUGCAAGAGAUGUGAGGAGGGGAACAGAAGCCGUUGAGAAAUUGAAGGCUUCUUAUGGCCUCUCUGAUGUGGUAUUUCAUCAGCUUGAUGUAACUGACCCAUCUAGCAUUGCCUCUCUGGCUGAAUUUCUCAAAACUCAACUUGGAAAACUUGACAUUUUGGUAAAUAAUGCAGCAGUUGUCGGGUCCAUAUUCCUCACAGACGACAAAGAGAAGUUGGCAAUUGAUGAUCUUAUAGGUCCCAAAGCAGCAAAUAAGAAUCAAGUCCUAAAACAAACCUACGAGACAGCAGGGGAUUGUUUAAAAACAAACUACUAUGGAAUUAAGCAACUCACGGAAGCACUCAUUCCACUUCUUCAACAAUCUGACUCGGCAAGGAUCGUCAAUGUCUCCUCCCAAUUGGGACAACUAAGGGUUAUUCCAAACGAGAAAGCGAAGAAGGAGCUAGUAGAUGGUGAUAGCCUCACAGAAGAGAAAGUGGACAACCUUGUUGAGGGAUUUUUGGAGGAUGUGAAGCAGAAUUUGGUUGAAGCCAAAAGCUGGCCAACCAAUUUCUCUGCCUACAUUGUAUCCAAAGCCGCUCUGAAUGCUUACACAAGAGUUUUGGCUAAGAAGUAUUCCAGCAAAAUUGCUAUCAAUGCCGUGUGUCCGGGUUUUACCGACACGGACUUGAACAAUCACACUGGAGUCUUCACAACUGAAGAAGCUGCAAAAGGUCCUGUGAAGCUGGCUUUGCUGCCUGAUAAUGGAGCUUCUGGCCUCUUCUUUGCACAGACUGAACUAUCAACUUUCGAAUGAAAAUUUGAAAUUGUAAAAUAAUUGGUCUGUUUUUCGUCAUGUGUUCUCAAUAAAAAAAAUAUGUCAAGUUUUAAUAAAGUUUCAAUUCUAAAUCUCUUGUUUUAGGUCACAACUCAACCAACUUUUGCUAUGUCUCUAGUCCUUUGGGUGCUUUAGUAAUUUCUUGUUUGCUACGUCUUCAGUUUCUUUGUGGAUUUUGAUAAAAUAAUUACAUGUAUUUAAUGCAAUUAAAUUCUAAACGUUGAAAGGGUGAUUGUACUAAAUACAUGUAAGUAUUGGAGCCAAACUCAAAAAUUAAAUAAGAGAUAUUUUUUU